AUGGAUGACGACGAGGCGCUGGCCCGCCGGCUACAGAAGGAGGAGGCCGCCUUCGCCGCACGACGUGACGCGGAGGACGCGUCAAGUCUGCAGCAGUUCCUGAAGACCGCCAACGUCGUCUCCUGCCCGCACGGCUGCGGCACGCUCAUCGAGAGGCCGACUGCGUGCGCCGUGCCGGAGCUACGUACUGCGCCAGCUGGGGCGCUCAAGCGCGACGCCGGCGGCCGUGCGAUGGGGCGCGACCAGGUUCUCCACGCCUCCACCUGGCGGCUGCGCUGCGCGGGCUGCUCUCGCGACUUUUGCGGCCGCUGUGAUGCUGCGCCCUACCACCUGGGCGCCACCUGCGAGGAGCACGCCGCGCCAAAUGCGCUCGCUGCGAGCGGCCUCUCGCGCUCGCACGUGGAGAGGCGCGAGCUCGAGCGAGCCUACGAUCGGCUGCGCGGCUCGUGCGGCGGCGCGGAGUGCCUCGCGGCGCUGCGCGAGGCGCGUGCACGCGCCGGCUGCCGUGCGGCCACUGGCGAGUCCGGUUGCCUUGGUUGUGUGGUGCCGGGCUGCGGCGGCGGCGCCGACGCGGAUUGCGUCAUCUGCCAGGAGCCACUGCAGCGCUCUCCCGCGACGGUGUCACCGGGGCACGGAGAGCCCCCCAUGCUCGCCACACUGGCGCCUCCUCCGCCGUCGCCUCUGCCCGACCCCCACCUCGUUACCUCGCCCCGUCUGCUCGCAGGCGAGGCGUGUGCAGAGCAUGGGCCAGAGAAUGUGGUGUGGAAGUGCCGGUACUGCUGCUCGGUCGCCACCUGGUUCUGCUGGGGCAGCACGCACUUUUGCGACGGAUGCCACGCGCUGCAAAUGGCCGGGCGGCUGAGCUGGGUCGCCGGCGCCGGCUGCGAGGCGAGCCGUUGCCCGUUGCGCGUGCGGCACCCGCCGCAUGGUGAGGAGUUUGCGAUCGGUUGCGCUGUCUGCCGCAGCCGGCGGGCGGCGGGGUGA